AUGCCAUUAUUGGAAUUUAACAGCUCAAAUAUAAAAAGUUUGGAAGAACUUAAUAAUGAACCUUCACAAACAGUUGAUAGAGUAAUACAACAAAAAAGUGAUGUAGAACAAGAAACUGAUCAAGAAGUUUCACAAGUUAAAGAUCAUGGUAACAAGCAUAAAGCAACACAUAAUAAUGAAAAACAAAAAGAAACUUCUCAACAAGAAGAAAUCCUUCAAGUAAGACGUUCUAAUCGUAAAUGUAAUAUAACACAACAAAAAAAUGAUGAUAAUAAACAAGAAUAUAAUAAGAAGCAACGUAAAAAAUAG